AUGCGGGUGCUCGCCCGCGACUUUCCAGACUGGGGGGUCGUCUACCUGGGUGGGCAUGUCUCUACGGCCGUGAAGAAGGCGGAGAAGCAGAGCUGGAAGAUUACCAACAGACUCUCGACGGCCAAGAAGGUGUACCAGACCCACGCAUUCGUCGUCAGGCGCUCGGUGGCCCCAGACGUGCUGAAGCGGCUCAAGCGGGGAUACGCGGCGGACGCAGCCUACGUGUCGUGGUCCAAGCAGGCGUCGGCCAGGUGCUUCAUGUUCUACCCGCAGCAUCUGAUGAAGCAGCCUGGAGGGCCCGAGCGUUGGAAGGACAGCGACAUCCAGGAGAAGAGACAACGGCUGAAGGCCAACGGCGGCGAUUACGCCUUCGACCCGGCCGCGCAGGAACCGACCAGCCAGCGACGCCCGCGGGCGUGCGGCCACGGCAGCGGCGAGUCCCGCCGGGCGGAGACCGGAUCGCGGCCCCCCAGGAAGCGGCAGAGGAGGACCCCUGACGGGCGGUUCGCGGCCGGCAGCGAGUCCACGGACACGCCAGCGGAGCGCGGCGCUGCCGCCGCGGGGGCGCCUCCGCAGGCGGCCGCCAAAGGGGCCGCGGCGGGGCCAGCCGGGAAGCAGGCCCGCCCCCCUUCCGCCUUCGCCCCCGGGCGCGCCGCCGAUCAUCACAGACCGACGACGAGUGCCCGCCCUGACCGCCGAGGAGCAGGGGAGGCUCCAGGCCCGGGUGUCGGAGCUGUUCCCGGACGGAGCAGGGCAGGAGGGCGGGGUAGCGCCCCUCUCGGCCGUGGCCGCCGCCCCUGGCGGAGACCGCGCGCGUGCUGCUGGCCGAGCUGCGGCAGCUCGCGCGGGGCAGCGAGCUGA